AUGGCUUCGAGCAACAAGUGUUUGAUCUCAGCUUUCUUUGUUGCUUUGACAAUAUUUUCUUCCAUGGAUGUUGGGUUAGCAUCUCGCCGUCUACUGCAAUUGCCACCGUUACCCACUUUGCCAAAUUUGCCUAAACCGUCCGCAUUGCCGCCUUUGCCUUUGGUGCCUACACUGCCGCAGCCCACGUUGCCAACACUGCCAACGACAGCACAACCAUCUUUUCCAAACCCCACUUUGCCACCACUUCCAACGGCUUUGCCCACCAUUCCUUCUGUCCCAAAGCUCACUCUCCCGCCAUUGCCAAGCAUACCUUCAAUUCCAACUACGAUUCCCUCUAUUCCAUUGCCAUUCCUCUCUCCACCUCCUUCAAAUUAA